UGUUGUUGUUUUCCGUGUUGUUGACAUUUUGAGGAGGCCCGAGCCGAGCUGUGCGCUGAGCAGCGACCAGUGCAGUGAGUUGCGCCCUGCGUGCGGAUAAGUGCGCUGAUUUGGUCGGUGCUCGCGUUGUCUGGGUUGCCUGCAUUCCGUCGGCCACCCUCGCUGGUGUCGCUGGCCGGCCCAAGCCACCCCUCGCCGAAUCCAUGCAGAGUUCGUGUGCCUUGAGAAAUGGGUGUUCCAAGGCGCACUAUGGUGAAGGUCCCUCACUCCCAUCCGGAAGUAGUUGUUAUGUUGCCAAACCCCCCAUAUGACCAGAGGAUAUCUUCAGCCAGAGUGUGGUCAGGGAUAUGGAGCAUCACCAAGCAUGUGUUGCUCUUCUGUCUGGGAAUGAUUGUUGGGGCUCUCUUUCUCACAAGCAACGACGUACAGAAGAGAUGCCUGGAGAGCAUGGUUGCGGUUGGCUUCAGUUCCCAUCGUGCCAGAGAGAUAUGCUACAAGAACCCAACUGUCUCUCAUAGUGGAGUGCUCACUAGAUUUGACUGCAUGCCUCGCAAUGCCAAUGCCCAAGACUGUCGCCGCAGAGGUUGCAAUUGGGAUGAGUCUGUUCAAAAUGUUCCUUACUGCUUCUAUCCUGACAACUACGGUUCUUACUCCAACGAAAAUGUGACAAAUAUCAAUGGAAGAACUACUGCAACCAUGAGAAAGAAGUUGAAGUCACCAUACCCUGAGGAUGUGGAUCUUCUUCAAUUUGAAGCUUGUGCUGAAACAGAAAGCAGACUGCACAUAAAGAUAACAGAUGCAAAGAAGGACCGGUUUGAACCCUUUUACCCAGUAGUGCCACAGGUUGAUUGCAAGUCAUCUAAGAACAACCAAUAUCAGGUAAAAAUAUCUGAAGGGAAAAUGGGCUUCAAAGUAUUACGCUCAUCAUCAGGCAAAGUCAUAUUUGAUUCUGAAGACAUAGGUGCCCUCAUUUAUGCCAACCAGUUCUUGCAACUGAAUGCCCGAUUCCCAGCUGGAUCCUUACUUUAUGGAAUUGGUGAAAGGCAGAGCACAAUGAACAUUGAAACUUCCGCAUUCCAGUCAUUUACUCUCUGGAAUCGGGAUGCUGCUCCAACUGAUAAGAUUAAUCUCUAUGGCAGCCAUCCCUUCAUUUUAAUACGAGAUCAAUAUGACCAGAAUAACUCCAAGUGGCACGGUUUAUUUUUACUAAACAGCAAUGCUAUGGACAUCAUCACACAGCCAGGGCCAGCAAUUUCUUUCAGAAUCAUUGGUGGUAUUAUGGAUUUCUAUUGGUUUAUGGGAGACACCCCAAGUAAAGUUACUGAGCAAUACCUUGAAGUGAUUGGUCAUCCACACAUGCCUCCCUACUGGGCACUUGGUUUCCAUCUUUGUCGAUUUGGCUAUGGAUCACUUGACAAUACCAUCCUUGUGUGGAAUCGAACAAGAGCUGCAGGUAUUCCAUUUGAUGUUCAGUGGAAUGAUUUAGACUACAUGGACAACAACAAUGACUUCACUAUCAGCCCCAAGUUCAGCAAACUCUCAGAAUUUGUUGAAAUGUUACAUUCGAUUGGCAUGCAUUAUAUCCCACUUAUUGACCCUGGGGUCAGUGCUGGAGAAAAAAAAGGAGCAUAUGAGCCCUAUGAUUAUGGGCUGGAACUUGGAAUAUUUGUAGCUGAUGAAAAGAACAAGCCAUUUGUUGGCAAGGUGUGGAAUGGAAUUUCAACCGUAUGGCCUGAUUUUACAAACCCCAAAACUGUUGAUUAUUGGAGAGUAAUGCUGGAGAAACUACACAGCCAAGUACCGUUUGAUGGUGCCUGGAUUGAUAUGAAUGAGCCCUCUAACUUCUACAGUGGUACCCGCAAAGGUUGUCCCAAGAAUUCUCUUAACUAUCCCCCUUAUGUGCCAAAUGUUCUUGGUGGACAACUAUUCAGCAAGACCAUAUGCCCGUCUGCUAAGCAUUACAGGGGCAACCACUAUGAUCUUCACAAUAUGUAUGGAAUCUCUGAGGCCAUCAUCACUAGCUUUGCACUUGUGGAAAUUCGCAACGAAAAGAGGCCUGUCACGAUUUCUCGUGCAACAUUCCCUGGACAUGGUCACUAUGCUGCCCACUGGACUGGCGAUGUCUUUUCAACAUGGAAUGAUUUGAAACUGAGUGUGGCUCAAACCUUGAACUUCAACAUGUUUGGGAUUCCUUUCGUUGGAGCGGAUAUUUGUGGAUUCAAUGGCAAUACAACUGUGGAGUUAUGUGCCAGGUGGAGCCAGCUUGGCGCCUUUUACCCCUUUUCUCGUAAUCAUAAUUCAGAUGACACCAAAGAACAAGAUCCUGUCAUUCUUGGCCCAACUGUGGUGACUGCAGCCAAAAAUGCCUUGGAAAUUCGUUAUUCUCUUCUGCCAUACUUGUACUAUCUGUUCUAUGAUUCCCAUGUAAAUGGAAAAACUGUUGCCCGCCCUCUGUUUUAUGAAUUUCCUGAGGAUGAAAAUACUCAUCUCCUUGAGACAGAAUUUAUGUGGGGUUCCUGUUUGUUGAUUAUCCCUGUUUUGGAGGAAGGGAAGACCACUGUAGAAGGCUAUUUCCCCAUUGGAACGUGGUAUGACUUGAACUCAAAUAAAACACUGAUAGCCAAGAGCGCACUUAAAAAGACUAUGAAUGCUCCCCUUGAUCUGAUUCCUCUAUUUGUAAGAGGUGGGUGUAUUCUGCCAACUCAAGCAGCCAAAGCUACAACCACAGAAAGCCGGAAGACUCCUUUAACUGUCCGAGUCUACUUGGAUGCUAAUGGACGUGGCCAGGGGAGUGCUUAUUUUGAUGAUGGAGAUUAUGUUUAUUCCAUUGACGAAGGAAAGUAUUCUUUGGUAAACUUUGCAGUGAAGAACAAGGUGCUAGUUGGAACUGUUGCAAAGUCUGGCUUUGCUCAAAUUCCCACUUUAGAAACAGUAUUAAUUCAUGGAGAAUGUGCGUCUGUGACCAAACUUGAAGUCAAUGGCAAAACAUGGAAUAAUUUCACUCACAAUAAAUCAUCAUGUAUUUUAACAACAAUCAUCAGUGCCAAUGUUUUAGAAGGCAUCAAAAUUACUUGGCAAACCAGCUGAAAAGAAAAAGAAAGGGACUACUAGAGGAGUGAAAAAGUGGAAAGUUUUACUAGACUGAUACAUUUGUUUUGAAGUUUGUCUUAUCAGAACCAAAGCUUUUUGUUUGUUUUUUUGUACGUUGCCAUGCAGAGUGCAAAAUAUUCUUUAUGGUUACUUUUAUCUUAAAAUUUUAAUAUUCUCCAUGGGGAGUGACUAGUCAAAUUCACAGCAGUGUCUUGCCAAUCCCCCCUGAAAUUAAUCUAUUUAGAUUGGUUGAAUGAUUCUUUUAAAACUUAAUAGGUUUACCCUUUCUGCAGUUGUACUUAUGGUUACAGGCACUCUUAAUCUGUGUUUAGUUUAAGAUGUUGAUUAUCAUUACCAGAGCUGUGUCUUCAUGACUGAUUCUCUUUAGUUAACUCAUUUAUAUCUUAUAAAUUGUUUAGAAUUAUUUCAUCUCUUGUAAAUAUUUAAAGAAUACCUUAAAUAAUCAUUAAAUGUUUUACCAAAUUUAUGCAA